UGCUGAGGUUCCAAUGAUGUCACCCAACGGCUCCAUACCCCCCAUCCAUGUGCCUCCAGGAUAUAUAUCCCAGGUGCUGGAGGACAACACUGGCGUGCGGCGGGUGGUGGUGACCCCGCAGUCCCACGAGUGCUACCCCCCCAGCUACUCCCCGGCCAUCUCCCCCACCCACCACCUGCCCCCCUACAUGACCCACCCGCACUUCAUCCCCAACUCACACACGGCCUUCUACCCGCCCGUCAGCCCCGGGGACAUGCACCAGUACUACCAGCACCACCUCCCGCCCAUGUACGGAGAAGAGAUCAUUCCGGUGUACGGCAUGAACUACAUCAACCGGGAGGAGCCGUACAGCAAGCCGCAGCCCAAGAAGAUGCCCAAGGCCCGGGAGCUGGACCGGCAGAACCGCCUCAACAGCCCGCCCGCCUCCGUCUACAAGGGCACCAUGGGCUGCGCCAACACCUACAACGGCUACGGCAAGAGCCACGGCAGCGUGGGCAGCAGCGGAGGGGGAGGAGGGGGC